CGAGAAUACUUGGAGAAAUUGUCAAGGAGGACUAUUUGUCGCCUAAGUUGCGUUAGAUUUAUUCGGGGGUCUGGUUCAAGCAACAUCAGCCUCGGGGAUUUUUCUCGGCAUCAAGGGGCUGUCGUGAAACUUGAAAUAGAGAAAAACAACACGGUGUCAAAAAGACAAGCCCCAUUCAACAAGUUUGAAAUCAGGAGGAUUUGAACUGGAUUCGACUGCAGUCGACUGACAGUUGCAGAACCAUGGCUACUCACACGCGGAUCCUGAGCUCCCUGGGGAACGGCCCCGCUCGACGAAACCUGUUUGGCCCAGUCGACCGAGAGCAGCUGCAGGUGGAGUACCAGGCUGCCUUGCGGAAAGACCUGGAGGAGGCUUCGCGGCGCUGGGGCUUUGACUUCUUUUUGGACAAGCCACUGCAGAGCGGCGAUUUCCAGUGGGAGGGCAUCCCAGGUACCAAGGUGCCGCUGCUCUACCGACCCUGUAUGCUUGGGCUGGGACAGAAAGAAGGUCAGAGGCCGGCAGAGGCGGCAGGGAUGCCCAGGGGGGGAAGGGUGGAGCCGCCACAGAGUGGGAAGGAAAACGUCCCGGGUACGCCAGAGAGAUGUGCCCUCGACCUGGAGAACCUGGAGAAAACACCAGAGAGAAGAGAGAGCACAGGGAUGAAGAGGAAACAGACAAACAUUACAGAUUUCUAUCAGGCUAAAAGAAGAGUAGUUUGGAUGCCGCGCAAAUCCGGCGAGUGAUUUAUGGUGCGGUUCACUGCAACGGUGCCAAUGUUCCAAGAGAACCACACAGACAGUACUACACUCAGGAAUACUACGUUCUGCACGGACUCUGCACGGUCACUCACCAGGAGGUCUUGUACCCAGUGAAUCUUCUGAAAACAGAGGGGACCUCAGCUACACAUGAUUACUACAAAAUUAAUUAGGGUACUGUAUUCACUCUGAGCGGGUUGGUGUUUUUCCCAGUGGUAAGAAGGGGACAUUUGAGCAGAGAAGAUUAACGGUAAUCUCUGGAAUCAGUGGAUUUAUACUCAUUUGGAUGAAGGGGUUGCCAAGGUGUUGACUUACAUUUCCUACUGUACAUUCCACAGUGCUGAAAACGCAGUCUCGUCUCUGCUUUGUGGGAACUCUGCGCCUCCAGCAGGACGGAGACAUGAUGAAUGAGCAUGUUGCUGUACACACUUGAAACAGAUUUUAUAUUAUGUUCGUUAACAACAUUCUGUCUCAUAAUGAAAUGAAUGAGUGUCUGUGACAAAACUGCAGAAUGACUGAAAAUGGUAGAGAAUGGAUGAAGCCCUUUGGCUCCUUCGUUCAAAUCCACUAUUGUUUUUCUACAGUGUUCUUUCUUUAUGCGUAUCAUGAGGGCUAGUAGUCUUUUUUUUUUUCUUUUACAAGCACUACCUGUCCGAAGUGUAUUAUACAUUAUAUAUCCAGCUGUACAAUCAUGUUGUUUUUCUACCAUCAUGUACUCAUAGGGAAAUGCUUGAAAAACUCUGAUAUCCUGUACAUGCAGUUGCUUUGCUUAGAUUAUAAAUGACAGAAGUGCCAUCAUGUCCUCUUCCAUCCACUGUAUGUUGAUUCAUUUUCAAAGCAGAUCUCCCCAAGUGCCCUGUUCAGACUCUGACAUGCGUACGGCACCAGAUAAUGUAGCUUACGAGUCUAGCACCGUGUCUUUGGAACACUUACUAACACUUAUAUUUAGGUUUAUUUAGAUACAUGUCAGAUAUUUAUCUAUAGAGUUUAAUACAGCACCGUUGAGUAGCAUAAUCAUUAAAAAAAAACAACAUUGCAGUAUUGCACAAAGAUCUGAUAGAUGGUAUAUCCACAGCACCCAGCAUCAUGUGCCUUUAAGGCAUUUGUUUCGGUAUUUGAAGCUCCAUAAAGGACAAUCAGGAGAGAGUGUUCUCAGAAGCAAAUUAAUUAUUUACUAAGCUAAAGCUAUGUGCUUUAUUCUUUUCUGUUUGGACGCAUAGUGCAAUUUAAACAGACAACGUGUUAUUAUCUGCCUCAAAACAAAGACUAUGUUUUUACAUGACACUUAUUUAUGUCUAUGUUGGCAAACCCUGCUGCUAUGGGUAAUCUGAAUGGGUGUCAAACAAGGUCACUGUAAUGCUAAUCCUUAUGAACUGACAGCUUUGAAUUGUGUGCUGCUGUAAAUACGAAGCCAAGCAAAUAAAAGCAUUACCCCAAACAACAAAUGCACUUCUGUUGAUAGAUGCUUAUGCACAGGUCCUAAAUAUUGUUUAAUGUUAAAAGCUACAAAUGGAAAGAUCUAUCCUUAUUUAUUGUGAGAUACUAUGCCUUGAGUUAAUUUAGUUUUUGUUUAAUUAUUACGAGAAAACCCAAAUUCCAAUAAAAUGUUAAAAUGAAUUUUCUUGUGAAUGUCUUCACUUUGUCGUCACUUUUGCUUUGGUCUCUUUCAUCUCACGCAAGUAUGUGUGUGGUGGUAUGUGUGAGAAAAGAAGGCACAUGAUGAAUAAAUGUGGGAU